AUGGCUUCUGGAAGGCUCAUCAAGCUCGUGGUUUUUGAGCUUCUGGAGUUUGCAGCUUUCUCCGUUCCCACACUUGUGAUCAUGGAGCAGUUUGCCACCGCCUAUCAGAGGACCAGGACCGUGUCUGAGAAAACACAUUAUUGGCUGAUCGUGUCCUGUUCUAUCGCCUAUGUGGCUGUAGUGACCCUGGUGAUUUGGGUUCCUGUAAAAGUUCUCUUAUACAAGAGACGUUAUCUUUACACAAAAAUUACAGGAUGGAGACCUGUUCUGUUGAUGUGCGUAACACUCACCACUUUGCCCAGUUUCACGUUUUCUGUAGCGGUGACCGAGAUUCAGAAGAACAUCAAUGGGUCUGCGGAUAUCUUACCUGAUAUGUUACCUGACCUGCCUGUAUCUCUGGUCCUGUUAUGCUUGAUCAUAGUUGAUAUCAUUGAAAAACUCAGGAUAUAUCCUCUUAGAGGGAGUCAAAAGAGUAUCAAAGAUGGGCCUGUCCAUACACCGUCUUUGCAGCAAAUAAAAACGGUGUCAGAGCAAGUGAGGCCAAAUGAAGAAAACCCUGCAUCUCCCCAGGCUGCAGGGACAACCCAGGUGUCGCGACCCCCAGGAGCCGCGACACAGAGCCAGGUGUCUGUGCUGAGGGGACCCCGGGAGCCCUCCUUUCACUCGGGAAUCUUGAAGACGAUGUCUCGGAAGGAUGUGCGGGCAGAGAUAUUCCUGCAGAGCUUUCUGCUGUGGUCUGACACAAUCGAGAUGGUGCGCGUGGCCGGUCACCCCAACGUGUACAAGUCAGGCUGGAUAUAUCCAGUCUACAUAUUCAGUUUCAUUUCUGUCCUUCGGAUGAUAUGCACUCCCAAAAAUCCUCUUCUCAAUUCCCUGGGCGUCUUGCUGCAGGAUUUACCCUUCCUCUUCGUUAGACUUAGUUUAAUCAGUGCCCUGGGGACAAUCACACCCGUUUUGGGCCUUUGUAAAAACAUACUGGUGACACUAUCUUAUGUUUACUUCAAUCACCUAACCAGACUCGGGGUUUUCUCUACCUUUGAAAUGUCUCCGUUUUGA